GCGUCAGCUGUCAAGCCGCACGCACGCAUACUACAGUAUUGUCUCCGAGCUGAGGUUUGUUUGGACAAACCGACUGAACGUGAUAUUCCUCCGGGACCAGCGGACAACUCGAAGUGCGGAGACCGGGUAACGACUCCCGCGGAGCCGGACUGAAGCGACGCGGCGACGGGGGGAAUUAGUUUGACCCGUGUCCGUGAGGGUUUGAUGAGGUUUCCGGUUGUAACGUUAGUAAGACGCUAGUUCUACAUCCAGCACCAUUAGCUUAGCCGCCUAGCAUGCUAACAGGCUGAUGUAGCCGCGGCGCACGGGAGGAAAUGCGCCGGCAGCUCGUCUGGAGCUCCGUGAUUUGGCUGAAACUGAUGUUCUUUUAAAUAAUUAACCACUAUGACAUGUUGUUGGUGAAGUGGUGGCAGCUUUGACGAGGAGGAGCGGCGGCAGACGAGGAGGCAGGAGGAGGAGGAGGAGGAGGCUGGGCUGCUCGGAGAGUUAUGAGCAGUUUCAACAUCAGAACCGACACCUCCACGUUGAGCUCCUCUUUGGGCACCGACAGUCAGGGCUCACCGCUCGGCGUCACCACCACCACCACCACCAACAACAACAACAAGGAGUGGGCCGUGGGGAGCGAUGGGUUCCCUUGCUGCCACGAGAUGAGUCCCAUGGACGAGACGGUGCAGGCGGGGAUGUCAUCGGUCCAGUCGGGACAUGACGGGCACCUGCCCUUUCUACACGCCGGGCACCGCAGCCCGGAGGGCGGCUUGCUCCUGGACCUGACUUCCCCCGGAGGCUACAUCGACAGCGGGCCACUAGGGUACAGCAACGGCGGCGGGAGCAACGCCGGGCCGCUGUUCGAGAAGAGGAAGAGGUCGAGGUCCAACAGCUCCAGGCACCGCUUCAACGAGGUGGUGACGGAGCUGGGACCCGAGGAGGUGCGGUGGUUUUACAAAGAGGACAAGAAGACUUGGAAAGCCUUCGUCGGGCAUGACUCGCUCAACAUCGAGCUCAUGUUUCGGAAAUACUCCGAGCUGAUCCCCAGUGUGGCGGACUCCCGGGGCAGCGGCAGCAGCGGGGGGGAGAAGGAGAAGGAGCAGGAGAGCUGUGGUGGUGGUGAGGGCAAAGGGCUGAACGGUGCGGUUCCCGUGGAGACCAGGACCAGCAGCGUGCACGGAGGCCCGGGGUCCCUGGACAUAUCCACCGUGUCCUCAGAGGAGAGAGACCCUGACUGCUUUGAGAUCAACGUAGAGCCCGUGUGCGUCCGGGGAGGGCUCUACGAGGUGGACAUUAAGGAGAGGGAGUGCAACCCCGUCUACUGGAAGCAACAAGAUCACAUUUCGGUGAUGAGAGGCCAGUGGUUUAUUGACGGUACCUGGCUCCCAUUGGAGGAGGAGGAGAGUGACCUCAUCGAGCAGGAGCACCUAAGCCAUUUCCGCGGGCAACAGAUGCAGGACACGUUCGAGUCCGACCUGGUGGUGAAGACCGUCGAUAGCAAAGAUGUUCUCUCCCACCUGCCCCCUUUCUACCUCCCUUUUCUGUUCAAAUGGAGUGGAUAUCAGACGAGUGCUAAAACUACAUGUCACAAGCGCAAACGCUGUCAAGCCAUCCACAGUCUGAAGCUGAGCCGGACCCACGUGGAUUGGCACAGCGUGGAUGAGGUCUACCUCUACAGCGACGCCACCACUUCCAAAAUUGCUCGCACCGUGACUCAGAAACUGGGUUUCUCCAAAGCCUCAAGCAGUGGUACACGGCUCCACCGGGGCUUCGUUGAGGAGGCCUCACCUGAGGACAGACCCCCUCAGACUACACACAUCGUCUUUGUGGUCCAUGGGAUUGGACAGAAGAUGGACCAGGGACGCAUUAUUAAAAACACUGGAAUGCUGAGGGAGGGUGUGAGGAAGAUGGAGGAGAAGCACUUUUCAGAAAUCAGUGAGGAGCAUGUGGAUUUCCUGCCGGUCGAGUGGCGCUCCAAACUCUCACUGGAUGGAGACACAGUAGACUCAAUCACACCAGACAAAGUGAGAGGACUGAGAGAUCUCCUCAACAGCAGUGCGAUGGACAUCAUGUACUACAACAGCCCCCUUUACAGGGACGAGAUUACCAAGGGCCUAACGCAGGAGCUUAACAGGCUUUACACACUCUUCUGCUCCCGGAAUCCUGAGUUCGAGGAAAGGGGAGGAAAAGUGUCCAUAGUGUCUCACUCCCUCGGCUGCGUCAUCACCUACGACAUCAUGACGGGCUGGGAUCCCGUGCGCUUCUGCCUACAAGAGGAUCACGCUGUGGAAGAGGAGCUGGACCUGCGCUGGAUAUCGUACCAAGAGAGGCACAUUUUAGAACAGCUACGGCUCACGAGGACUAGGUUGCGAGAGCUGGAAACUCAGCUCCUCACACUGGAGGCCUCUAAACCCUCCGCACCUCCAGCCCUCAAAUUUAAGGUGGAGAACUUUUUCUGCGUGGGUUCUCCUCUGGCGGUGUUCUUGGCCCUGAGAGGCAUCCGCCCUGGUACCAGCUGCCAUCAGGACCACAUCCUGCCCACUCCCAUCUGCAGCAGGCUCUUCAACGUCUUCCAUCCCACAGACCCUGUGGCCUACAGACUGGAGCCCCUCAUCCUUAAACAUUAUAGCAAUAUCGCACCUGUUCAGAUACACUGGUGUAGCGCCACAAACCCCACAUCCUACGAAGAGGUCCGGCCAACCUUCCUCAACCCAGUCAAAGACCCAACAUCUGACACCGAGAGCAUUCCCAGCCCAAGCACUUCCCCUGUCCUCCCCCGCAGGCACUAUGGAGAAUCCAUCACUAACCUGGGCAAGGCCAGUAUACUAGGAGCGGCGAACAUAGGGAAAGGUAUCGGAGGCAUCCUCUUCUCUCGUUUCUCGCGCUCCAACAGCCAGCCUUCAGUGUCUUUAGGACUGGAGGGAGGGACAAACACAGAGGAGGAGGAGCAGAAGCGGGCAGAGAGCCAGUCAGCAUACGGCCUCUCCACCAUGAUCCGGCCCACCUCACCCAUCGUUGACACAUCAUUGGAGCUGGAGCGGCGCGUCGACUUUGAGCUCAGAGAAGGUCUGGUGGAGAGUCGCUAUUGGUCAGCAGUUACCUCCCACACAGCCUACUGGUGCUCACAUGACAUCGCACUCUUCCUGUUGACUUUCAUAUACAAGCAGAAGACGACCUCUGACUUAGCAGAAGACGCUCCAGAGCCAGACUGAGUCUGCACAUUACACAACACACUCUUGAAUAGUGUCUGACAACUCUAAAAGGGUUGGCGAGACACGGAAAUAGACUUCAUCCAUUUAUUUUUAUGCGCACAAACUGAUUAAAUACACUUAUCUCUUUCCUUUAUCUCCCUGUGAUCCAGCUUUUUGGAAUCUUGGAUAUCAACACAGACUAACUGACGUAACUCCAGGAUGUGCAUUUAAUGUCUCUUUUUGUUUAUCUUGUACACAAUUGUGCACCCUACGGGUGACAGUGUUGGAUCAGGAACCCCUAAGGAGGUGCCCCUUUUACUAGUAUGAGCAGAAGUUGCUUAUAAACAUGAAAUAAGAGCUGAAUGAGUUUGAUGCACCAAGUGGAAAAGACUUAACUUCGUCCCCGACAACAGCAGCAUCCUGUUGGUGAAGUGUCCAUAAGUUUACGGUUGAUUAAUGCUUCUGCCCAGCCUCCUUUCCAGUGACUCAGUCUGGAGCCUUGUGACACACAUGCCUGACCCUCGGUCACUGAGGCUUUCAGAUUAAAGUUUUCUUUGACAUCGAGGAGAAAGAAAUAGAGCUGUCAAAAAUAGUUUUAUCCUUAAAACAUUUCUAACCUUUAACAUCUUUAUCUCUACUUUAUCUCUGAUGCUAACAAGCAAAUUGUAUGCCUUUCAAAAUUAGCCAAACAAUGUUACACAUGAAGAAUGUGUUGUCUGUUAUACGUAUGAAUAGGUAUCUCUGUUAAGUUCUUUUUUUUUUAAUUUUUAAAUUUUUUUACAGAACCUGAGGGCAUUAUCCCUUUAACAAUGUUUGGGAAGCAUGAAGAGAAACAUAACAAACGUAUAUGUUUGUUUUUCUUAUUCUAUGCCAUGAUCACCUCUUUUUUUAACAUUCAGUCCUAAAUCAGACACCAUAUGCACUAAAUCAAACAUGAGCAAACCACUACUUUUAUACCACACGCAGUUAAUCAUUCAAUGUUGAGUUUCCAUUAACUAAACAGUUUUGGGGAUAAAAUGCCUCUUAUUACAGCAGUCACAUUUUAUCAGGACAUCGUUUUCCAUAAAUGUUUACAACCACAUAAGGCUUGUAUCAUGAUACUUAUACUUUAUCGACAAAGCAUUGAGCAUGUGUAUUUAUCUUCUUACACACAGUUUAUGAAUCCAGAUCGUAGUCUAAAACUCUCACAAAGUCUUUUGCUGAACUCAAAACAAUCGUAUUCAUUCAAACUUGCAUGAUUCUAUUUAACUGAUGUGAUACCGAGAUAAUUUUCCAUGUUCAUGUCUUUAUAACGACAUCCAGAUGAAAUCCGUGGUACUAGAUGCAUUUUUUUCUUUAAAAAAAUAAAUAUAUAUACAUAUAUUUUUCCUAGCGAUUUUCAGGCUCUUGUGGGCAUGAACAUGGUUCUCAUCUCGGGAAAGUGGGACUCAAACCUGUGGCCAAAUGACGUGUCUAGCUUGCUACGCUCGGCUUUAGUGGUGCAAAGGCUAAUUCAUACUCCAUGAAAACGUAAUUGGCCUAAGGUAAAAGUAGCUUCUAUUUUCAUUUUGUGGCCAGUGCACACAAAAGUUAAUUGUAUCUUAUUGGCCUUUUUUGUGAAUUGGUGACUGGUUCACACUUUGAGAAAUGAAUAUGUUGCAGCCUGUCUUUUUAUUUGUUUAAAAGAUGGGCUCCUUCACACUUACAAACCUGUGUUUUCUAAAGAGAGAAAACAAUAUGGACAAUAAGCAAAAGCAAAUCAUGACCAUUUUUUCUAAAAAAAAGUUUCUGCUUAUCAUGACUUGUGUAGAUGUCUUUUCUUAAUAUGGUCCUUUAACAACACAGCCAGUAGCAUUUAUGCAGAAAUGAGAAAAGCUCACUCACUUUACGUGGUGUCGUAAAAAAUAGUAAAUGGAUGCUGGAAGAAGAAAGACAUUGCAGAGAGUGCCAACACACAUCUAAUGAACUGUGUUGAUGUCUUUAUUAAGUAGAAAAUCUCUUAUGAUUGUUAAUGGAUGUCUAAUUAAAUCAUUUGUAACACAACCGCAGUGGAUGAAGAAAUGGAACGACCCUCAGAUACACAUGUGACAGAGCGUGUUGCCGUCUGUGUCAAAUUUUCCAUGUUAUAAUAUCAAAGAGCUUAUUUUAAUUAGCAACUGUGCGAGCUGCUGCUUUUACGUCAACACCGUCACAGGCUGUUUGGGAUCAAUUUAUCGGUGUUGUGUGUCUGUUAUGUCCGCAAAGGCCUAAUGACUGAAACCAGGCUGCCUUUUAAUUGACCAGAUAGUAUAGCAUGGACAAAAUAGAAGGGAGUAUGAUAUGGAAGAAUUUCUACAUUUGACCUGGUGGAUCUUGCACAUUCAUCAGCUAUGAGUUGCACAGAAAGGAUGUAGGAAACAACCCGAUAAUUAAUGAUUUUAUUUAUUCUUGUUUGCAUGUGUUACAUUGCAGCAAUAGAAAUUUGAAGGUGUUUCCCGGACAGCAGGAAUGCUAUUUACCUUGGAAACCUUAGGUGUGCAAUGCAGAAUAUAUAGAACACUUCCAUUGUUGCCUCUGCACCUGAAAAAUCACACUUGCAAAUACGUAUUGUAGGAGUGUGUACAGGCCCUCAUAACAAUCACGACAAGGUUUGUGAUUUGGCUCCAAGUUUCCACGAUUUAAGUGAAAUUUGCACAUUUUCCAUCAGAGCAAUUCUUGAUUCGACACAGAUUUUAAACUGUGCUCACUCUGCAUGAGAAAUCAAUAAAUAAACAACUAAACUGGAGAGAAUGAAAGAUAGUUUUGUCAAUGUACAUUGUACUUUUGACUUCAUGAGCAUUUUAUGCACAACAUUUUGAAUGAUGACCGUUUACUCUAUUUUUUUUGUCAAAGGUACAAGCAUCAGGGAAAAGUCUACUAUACAUUUUUGUAGAUUUAAGUGUUGAUUCCAGUUCGAAGCCAUUAUUCCUUCAAAUGAUCAAGUGCUGUCACGGGUGUGUUGUCAGUCUUUAAAAUAUUCAAAAGCUAAUCAAAGAAGGGCCUGCAGCCAUAUGUCAUCACACACUGGGUGAGGAAGAGAACUGCACAUUGAAACGUAUUGUGUUUUUGAAUGAAAAUUGUCAGUUACCACUGUUAACUUUGAAUGGAUGUCUGGAAACGUUUUUUUUUUUUUGUCUGUCCCUAGAGCUGUGCAAUAACCCAUGCCUGUAAUGGAUUCUAACUGCCAUCCAAAGCAUUGUAUUUAUUUCCUUUUAUUAAAGUAUUUCUUUUCCUUUUUGGA